AUGCUGGAGGUACACGAAAAUCUCCGGUGGCUGACGGAGCGGAUAAUGGAGAGGAGAGCCCAGCUGGUCACGCUGCGCACUGCUGAGGCUGUAAACCCGCCGUCUGUCCUCCCGGAGACGGCGCAACCUCCACCAAGAACCGCGGGCUGGGGGAAGAAGAGGAGAAAGCCAAAGGAGAAGCCAGAGGAAGCCCCGACCAUCUUCCUGGGAGCCGACUCUCUCUCCCUAGCUUCGCUCCUUGCUGGUGAUCGGGGGGAAUCCCCAGGUGCCGUGGACAUCCCCGCUGCAUCACCCCCGCAAGUAUUAAAAGCCUGUCUAGCUGCCGCAGAGCAGCCACCGCUAGCGGCUUAUCACUUCCGGGUGGCACGCCUGGCUAAUAAGGGGGCCAGGGCCAUGUGGGAUGCUAUCCCAUGGGUCGCGGGGACUCUUAAAGGGACAACGCCUGCUUUUCUAGCCCCGACCGUGGCGGCAAUUACUGCUCUGCCCGAGCCUCUGCCUGCUGCUGCACCCGAGGCUCUUGCUGUGGCUCCACCUCCGCCUGCUGCACCCUUUGCAGCUCCGCCCAUGCCCGAGGCUCCUGCUGCUCUGCCCGCGCCUGUGACUCCUGCCCCUGUGGCUCAUGCCCCGGUGCCCGUGACCCUGGUCCAUGUCCCCAAGGAGACGAGGGAUAUCAUCAAGGGGAUGUCCCUAUCAGAAGACUCUCACCUUGUGGAAGAGGUGAGAGUGAACCUGCGGCGGCUGAGACAUGGGGUGGCUGAAGCCAACAUGAAGCAGAUCCCCGGACCCUCCUCUGAUGCCUCGUCGAUCUCCUGUGGUUGUCCAGCCUCCGACUUCUCAGUCGCCUGCGCCCUUUCUGGCUGUGGCUGCGCCUUCGCCUCCUUCCAUGAAGCAGGGGCCGCCGCCUCUGCGACGCCCCAGCCGCCUGCGCCCAGUCCGCAGGGAGCCGCCGCUUCUGCAAUGCCCCGACCGCCCGCAUCCGGCCCACAGGGGGCCGCCUUCGUCUCUGCUCUGUCCGCACCCGGCCCACAGGGGGCCAUGUCUUUGUACUCUGCCCCUGCUUCUUCAUCUAAGGCCGUCCUGACCCCAUGCCCCAAGGCCCGGACUUCUACCCCCACACAAGUGGACCUUUCUUGGCACUGGUGGGGGCCCAGCAAAGGACCAGCCCGGUUCUCUGUCUCCCGAAAGGGGAGACGGGGACAUGCCAGGCGGUCCAACCGCCCUGACCUAGCCCCUUCCUCAGUGUCACCCUCUGGCCCUCAUUCUUCAUUCCCUUCUCCUUCACCCUUCAGUUCCCAUUCCGGUCCCGUGCCCUUCUCAUCAUCGCCCUCCAAUCCCAGUCCCUGUCCCAAUCCUGCAGUCCUUUCCUCAUUGUUCCCCUCUGGUCCCCAUCCUUCCUUAUCGUCCUCCAGUCCCCAUUCCGGUCUAGUGCCCUCCUCGUUGUUGCCCUCCGUUUCCAGUUCCCGUCCUUGUCCUAGGGUCCCUUCCUCAUCAUCCUCCAGUCCUUCGCUCCCUUCCUUGUCACCCUCCAGUCCUUUUUCCCGUCCUGCCGUCAUUGCCUCAUCGCCCUCCAGUACCCGUCCUUGUCCACAUCCUGCAGUCCCUUCCUUGUCACCCUCUGAUCCCAGUUCCCGUCCACAUCCUGCAGUCCCUUCCUCGCCGUCACCCUCCAGUUCCCGUCCUGCGGUCCCUUCCUCGUCACCCUCCGGUCCCAGUUCCCGUCCUCAUCCUGCAGUCCCUUCCUUGCCGUCACCCUCCAGUUCCUGUCCUCCGGUUCCUUUCUCGUCGCCCUUCAGUUCCUGUCCCCGUCCUGCAGUCCCUUCCUCGUCGCUCUCCGGUCCCAGUUCCCAUCCUCGUCCUGCAGUCCCUUCCUCACCGUCACCCUCCAGUUCCCGUCCUCCAGUCCAUUCCUCAUCGCCCUCCAGUUUCUGUCCCCGUCCUGCAGUCCCUUCCACCUCGCCCUCCAAUCGGCCACCAGGCCCACACCCUACCCAACCUUUCCCUUUUAUGUUUCCUGGCCAGCAGUCCCAAAGAGUCCCGUUGCUACCCUUCCCUUUCAGUUCAUCUGCCCCAUUUCAGUCCCAGUCCCAUGUUCCUGGUCCUGUCCCUUCUGGUUCCCCUGCGUUUUGUUUUCCUCCUCGUGCCCCGGGUUUUGUUCCUCCGCCUCCGCGUCCGUUCCCGGGUUCUUUUGUUUUUGGUUCCCAUGCUCUGUCCCCUGCUGUGUUUCCCCGUCUGGUCUUCCUGUCUCAGCUCCUGGUGUCUGCUCUGUCUAUUUUUGUGCCCUUCCUGUCUGAGUUUUUGGCUCUGUCUGUCCUGUUCCUCGGUUGUCGUUAGUCUGUUCCCUGUCCGGUUCUGCGUCUUGGUCUGUCCGGUUCCUUGGUGGUCGUUCGUCUGUUCCCUGUCCUGCUCCGCAUCUGAGUCCUGUCUGCCUGUUCUCUGUGGCCCUGGCAGUGUCCGCGCGUUAGGUGGGGGGUACUGUCAGGGUCAGCCCCCCACUGUGGUCCUUCCGUGCCCCUUCCCCGUUUGACCAGCAGGUGGUGCUGGUCAUCCCGUCCUUCACGUCAGUCCUUGUUCUCCCCUGUCUCCUGUCUGGU